UUAUAAAUUAUAAUGCAGCAGAAAAAGUGGGGAUGCGCAAUCAAGAUUCAAAUUCGUAUUGUUGUUGACAUUGUUUUUCUUUUUCACCAUUGUACAUACUGCGCGUUACAUUUUAGAAAAUUAGAUCUAUUGCGUUAACGAUUACGUCCCUAUCUCCUUAAUUUCCUAUGACUUAUAAAGUUGGACAAAGUGACAAGUGUAUGAUGAACAUGAUUAAAUAAUGAUAGCGUGAUAGGUUCAGCUAUUUUAUAUUUUGAAGUUUUUAGUUAAAGAGGUACCUAUUCUAACUUCUAAAUAUUGUGUACAGUGAAUGUAAAUGUUUUAAGAAUAUUAUGAAUAAUAAUUAUUCUAUGUUUUUUAAAUUUUGUUUCACUAUGAACUAAUGCAAUUUGAAAAUAGAGUACGUAUCUGCUAGAUUCAUUUGUUCUAUUUUCCGUUUUUUCAACAAAGUACCUAGCUCAUAGCUAUAACAUUUACUCAAMAUCGGUGUGAUGUAGUUUUGACUCUUGAGUCCUGUUGUAUGAAAAUGUCUGCCAACGAAAACGAAUCUGUGGACAUACGACUUAAUGCGAAUCGACGAUCUAAUUUGAUUGAUUUGGAAGAACUUAAUCGUAUGGAAAGACCUAGUCGAGUUUUCAGUAGUCGUCACCAUUUAUCGAUACCUCCAGCGUUAACAGAAACAAAUAAUAUGGAACAAAAUGAGCAAUUUCGUAGAUCAAGAGAUCAUUCUAAUUCUAACUAUUUCGAAAAUUCAAGUAGUUCAACACGAAUUGGAGGAAUUAAUGAUAUAAGUGAUGGAUCAAUCCAUGAUGAAAGUGAUGAUGAAGCUCUAAACCUUUAUUAUUGGAGAAAUAAUAUUGAUCAAAUAUCUAGCUAUAAUAAUUCAAUGUCACAUGCUAUACGCCAAUUAAGGAACUCUAGAUCUGGAAGACGCUCAAGGAGAUUUACAGACCAUCCUUAUUUUAUGAGAAAUAAUUUAGAUAAUAAUCCCUCUAAUAACAGAACAAUCCAUCGACGUGUUCGUUUUUCAUCUACAAACCGAGGAUAUAAUGAUCAUUUUCCUGAUAGAUCACAAACUCCAGAACAAGAACUUCCUGAAGUACUAGAACAUGUAAUGGAACCUGAUAACCAAUAUGAUGAAGUCUAUCAGAGUCCAGAUAGUAUGACAAGUGUUUCAUCUCAUAAUGAUGCAGAUUUUGGUGAUGAUAGAGGAUCUCCACAUUUUUCAGUUUCUGAAAACCAUAACACAAAUGCAGAUGAAGAAAAUAGAGAUGGUACUUUAGAURUAUCUAAUGAAACUCCAAGAACAAGAGUUGUACCAUUUAUUAUGUCACCAACACCUUUUAGUCCGCCACAUGAAUCUCCUCCUGAUACUCCAGAAAUACCGGUGACAAGAAUAAAUAACGACUUACUGAAUGUGACUAGGAGUACUAGAAGGAGAUUACCAUUGAUAAUGAAUGAUGAAGUAGAAAAUGAUGAGAUUUUUAAUCAUGGCCUUGCAUUACCACUUCCUGAUUACACUAUUCCUGGUCCAUCUCAGUUCAGAUGUGUUGUAAGUUCCGGCAUACUUAAUAAUGAUAAUGGUUCAGUUAGUAGAACAAUUGAUGUAGAAUUAAAUAAUACAGAGAAUGAGCCAGUUAAUAAUUCAGUAAGAAUUGAUGAAAUAGUCGAUUCUGCUAAUGAAGAUAAUAAUGAAACAAUCUUGACAAAUCCUCAUUCUACAUUAACAUGUKCAAUGCAUAGUAAUGACCAAGCAACAGAAGAAACAUCACCAAUACAUGUUGAAGAACAUCCAGAAACAUAUKUGGAUCUUAACGUUCAGUUACUACUUUUAUUUGAGUGUCCAGUAUGUUUUGAACAUAUUAUCCCUCCUAUUUUUCAAUGCCUACUUGGACAUUUAAUUUGUAAUAAAUGUGUACUUAUGUGUGAAAAUUGCCCAACAUGUAGAAAUCCUUUCAACUCAAAACGUAACCUAUAUAUGGAAAAAGUUUGUUAUUUGGUAAAGUUUCCUUGUAUAAAUGCUUCAACUGGGUGUAAGCUGCAAAUGUUUGUUGGUCAAAAAGAAGUUCAUGAGAAAGAAUGUUGUUAUAGACAUUACCAUUGUUUUUUCUCUAAUUGUUCUUGGAGAGGAUAUUAUCCUGAAUUGCGCACCCAUGCGAUUAAUUAUCACAGUAACUAUGUUCUAACUGGAUCAGAACAGUCUCUUGAUAUUAUGUUGCCCAAUAAUAAUCAAACAUACCAGUGGUUUUUAUUAUCUCACAAUGAAUGUUUUGCUGUGAUCGUUCAUUCAUCUAAAUCACCUAAACGAGUAAAACUCCAAGUAAAUUUUGUUGGACCAGCUGUUAAAGCAAAACAAUUUAAAUUUUCUGUUUUGUUAACUCAGAAUAAAGAUCACUGUGAUAUGCCACAAAAGUUAAUGUAUGAGAGAUCGACUCUUCCAUAUUCAACUGUCUAUGAAAUGUUAACCAACAAUGGUCUAAAAAAAAAAGAUAUAUUUUCUUUACCUGGUGAAAUGCUAGGCCCCUUUAUUAAAAAAAGACGUCAUUGUCUACCAAUUAUUUUAAAAGUUGGUCCUGUAUCUGACUUAUAAAUCUAUCAUUUGCUAAUGAAAAAUAUGUUUUAAUAUAUGUGUGUACUGUGUAUAUAAUAUAUUGUAUAUUGUGUGUUGCAAUAAUUGUA